AUGGCCAGCACUGUCGGAAAGACCAUCACUUGCAAAGCUGCGAUCGCCUGGGGUGCCGGCGAGCCGCUCUCCAUCGAAGAUGUCGAGGUCGCAACCCCCAAGGCUCAUGAAGUCCGUAUCCAGAUUUACCAUACCGGCGUUUGCCACACAGACGCGUACACUCUUUCCGGAAAGGAUCCCGAAGGAGCCUUCCCCGUCAUUCUCGGUCACGAAGGUGCUGGCAUCGUCGAAUCUGUAGGUGAGGGUGUGACCAAUGUUAAGCCUGGAGAUCACGUCGUUGCCCUCUAUACCCCCGAGUGCAAGGAGUGCAAGUUCUGCAUAUCUGGAAAGACCAACCUUUGCGGCAAGAUUCGAGCCACUCAGGGUCGGGGUGUGAUGCCCGACGGCACCUCUCGUUUUAAGGCCCGCGGCAAGGAUAUCCUGCACUUCAUGGGCACUUCUACCUUCUCGCAGUACACUGUGGUUGCCGAUAUCUCCGUCGUGGCUAUUACUCCCAAGGCCCCUACAGAUAAGACCUGCCUGCUGGGCUGCGGUAUCACCACUGGCUACGGUGCAGCCGUUGUAACAGCCAAGGUCGAGGAGGGCUCCAACAUUGCCGUCUUUGGUGCUGGCUGCGUCGGUCUGUCCGUCAUCCAGGGUGCCGUGAAGAACAAGGCCGGCAAGAUAAUCGUCGUAGAUGUCAACGACGGCAAGGAGCCAUGGGCCCGCAAGUUCGGUGCCACUGACUUCGUCAACCCCACCAAGCUCGCCGGCCAGACCAUCCAGGAGAAGCUCAUCGAAAUGACCGACGGUGGCUGCGACUACACUUUCGACUGCACCGGUAAUGUGGGCGUCAUGCGUGCCGCUUUGGAAGCCUGCCACAAGGGCUGGGGUCAGAGCAUCAUCAUUGGUGUUGCUGCUGCCGGACAAGAGAUCUCCACAAGACCAUUCCAACUCGUGACGGGUCGUGUAUGGCGAGGCUGCGCCUUCGGCGGUAUCAAGGGUCGCUCUCAGCUCCCUAGCCUGGUAGAUGACUACCUCAAUGGUCAACUCAAGGUCGACGAGUUCAUCACCCACCGCCAACCCCUGGCUGGUAUCAACGAUGCCUUCAACCAAAUGAAGCAAGGUGACUGCAUUCGUGCUGUGGUGGAUAUGAGGGCUUAG